UUAGUGGGUUUGGUGGGUUGAUGGAGUCGUCGAAGCCUCAGGCCCAGGCUACUCCAAAACAGGAGGAAUCUGUUGCUGGGAAGUUGUUUGGAGGUUUUGGAGGCUUGACAGAGUCCACUAAACCUCCUGCGGCCACAUCUCAAAUGUUUAGCUUUGGAUCAUCCCUCUUGAGCUCAGCCACCAGUCUUGUCACGGGAGAGGAAGAUAAAGCAAAGGGUUCACCUCCUGGGUCACCACCAGACUCCCCUGCAGACUCUGGUCCCGGUUCACCACCUGACUCCCCCCUCUCUGGCCCUGGCUCUCCCCCUGAUUCAGACUCUGCUCCUGACACACCGCCCCCUAAGACCAAGAAACCCCCAAGAACCAUUUCUGUGGAGCGGGAAGAGAAAGCCCCAGAAACCAAACCCGUGCCCGCUUCAGCUCCAGCGACCAAGGAAAACUGCCCUCUGUGUAAUGUGGAGCUAAACGUCGGCUCGACAGACACGCCCAACUACAGCCUCUGCACCGAGUGCAAGAAGACAGUGUGCAAUCUGUGUGGAUUCAAUCCUACUCCUCACUUAGGAGAGAAAGAAUGGCUUUGCCUCACCUGUCAAACUCAAAGAGCGAUGUCAGGCCAGCUGGGAGAUGUUUCACCAUCAUCCAUGGCUUCCCCGAAGAAGCAGCCUCCCGGUCCUGUUCCCUCCUCCACCCCUCCCCCUGCUGCUGUAGAUAGCAAACCUGUAGUAGAACCAGCAGAGCCAACCCCACCAGCUUCUGAGACCAAGGUGAAAACAGUGGAGACCUUGAAAGAGCCUGGAAUUAAAGAAGCAGCUGUCAAGGAAGGCAGCCCAACCAGCCCAUCAGACCUAGCAAAGCUAGAAAGCACUGUCCUGCCCAUCCUUGAGGCGCAGGCAACCACACAAGAAGAGGAGAAACAAACAGACACUCUAAAGGCCAGGCGUAAAUUAGAAGUGCUUCCUCUCUCACCUGACUCUCCUAGCUCGGAAGAGGACAGAGAGGUUUCUGAUAAGAAUGCCAAUCGUACCACAAAGAAAAAGCUCCUUGUGCCCGUGGAUGUCAAAGCAGAUUCCCUGGACGAUAGCAGUGAAAGCUUUGGAAAAGAAAGCCCUAUGUCAGGAGAUGAUGAAGAAUUUAUCCGAAAACAGAUAAUGGAAAUGAGUGAGAAUGAAGAUGCUUCACCAUCUGAUGAGGAAAACCUAAUUCGGCGAAAGAUCAGAGAGGACGAGAAGAAACAAAAGGAACAAAAGAAAACACAAACUGUAGAGAAGGGCACAACAGGGAAAGUCAGACGGCUUACCAAGAAAAGCACCAUAAGCCCAGAUGAUGACGAUAAGGAAUUUGGUACUUUAGUGGAUAAACCUGAUAUAAACAAAGAUAUGGAAGCAGAAACAAAAGAAGGGAAGCAACAAAGUGGUACUGCAGUUCGCAAAUUCCAAACUAUGGAGCUGAAUACAACUAGCAGCCCUGUGUGUAUACCCAAUGAUGAUGGAGAGCCUGAAAUGGAAAGCCUGACAGAUUCUCCAGAUGAUCGGUCUAGAGGUGAGGGGUCUUCCAGUCUACAUGCAUCCAGCUUCACUCCUGGAACUUCCCCAACAUCCCUCUCCUCACUGGAUGAAGACAGUGAUAGCAGUAGUCCGAGCCAUAUCCGCAGUGGUGAAGGUAAACAGCACAGGAAAGCCAAACACAGACAACCUGGUCAAAUGCUGCCAACUAUUGAAGACUCUUCUGAGGAAGAAGAGUUACGGGAAGAGGAGGAGCUGCUCAGGGAGCAAGAAAAACAGAAGGGCUCAGGGAAAAAAUCCAAAAAAGAUAAAGAUGAGAUUCGAGCCCAGAGGAGGCGAGAGCAUCAAAAGACACCGCCAAGCAACCUUUCCCCUAUUGAAGAUGCCUCGCCAACUGAAGAGCAGAGGCAAGAAGCUGAAAUGGAGGAGAUUAGACGAUCAUCUUGCUCAGACUUUUCACCCAGUAUUGAAUCAGAUCCUGAAGGAUUGGAAAUCCAUGCUGCAAAGAUUGCGGCAGUCCAGAAAACCUAUCAGCUGCCCAUGUCGGUAUCUCUUCACUCCCCAACAGAUGAUCAAAAUAUUGAUAAACCACAGAAAAAACCUCUAAGAUCUGCUGAUGAAGCUUAUGAGGAGAUAAUGCUGAGGGCCAAGUCUCCAACAACUGACAGAGGUGAGAUUCAGCCAGAAAAAGAGUCCCUAUAUGGAGGCAUGCUCAUCGAAGAUUAUGCUUAUGCAUCUCUUAUUGACAAUUCAACAGCUGAUCUCGAGGAGUCAGAGAAGAUUACUGUUCCCGCUCAGCCCAAAAAGCUGCGAUCGCCAGAUGAAGUUUAUGAAGACAUGAUAAAGAAAAGAAAGGAAUUCAUGCAGCUGGAGCAGGAAUACCAAAAUAUGCAGGCAAAAAAGGAAAGUAUUAACCCAGAAAUUGUGCUACAACCUGCUGAUAUUACUGUUUCCAAAAGCAGUACAAUAACAUUAGACAUGGAUGGGAAGCCAUUGCUGGAUGCUGAAACUGCCUAUGAAGAGCUAAUGAAAAGAGUCCUGACUCCUGGAACAAGUCCAACUCAGCAUGAGCCAAAAGUAGAAGCCACUGCAUCUAGAAAGGCACUCCACCCUAUUCCAGACUUAAAAGUAACGCAGUGCUCUUCAGGAGAGUUAUCUUCUGAUGAUGAAAUUAUACCUAAAAAGGAAGAGGAGAAAAAUGCUGUAUCAGAUGUCACAUCAGCAAUGGAAACUGAGCCUGUGAAAGAAACUUUUCCAUCACCCAUAUCAGAUCAGCAACCUGAAACCACAAUCAAAGCAUCCCAAGGCGAUAUUGUGGACUUGACUAGUGCAUCUACAAAAACAUCAGCUCCUGUGAUUGCCAGUGUAUCACCCUUGCCUACAGUCCCCCAGUAUACACCUAGUAUACCAAGUGUAGUAUCAACUGCCCCACCCGUGCCCCCGAAGCCAACUGUCCUGCGUAGGGCUAAUUCUCAGGAAAAAACAGAAGAACCUGUUGCACCACCGCUGCCUCCUCCCACUCCUCCUAAACCUACUGUUUUUCCCAGGAAAGCUCCAGUUCCACUUCCACCUCAGGCUUCAGCAACUCCAGUAAGGCAAGAGACAGUGACUAUGACUACAGCUCAAGCACCACCUACAAGACAAGUAGUUACUCCAACAUACAAACCUCAUGUUCCCCCUCCUGUACCCCCAAAGCCAUCCAUCCCCGUUGGAAUUGGGGAUAGCCACAAACCAGGACAUGGUGUUAAGCCACCAAUUGCACCAAAGCCUGGCUCACAGCCUUCAUCACCUGCCCAUGCCCCACAUCCACAAAGACCCUCUGUACUUCCCACAGGUCCUAGUGACAUAGCCCUUAAUCUAAGCCCCACUUCUGAAAGCAAAAUGUUUCAACCAUCCCCAAAGUCUCCUUCUUCUCCAAGAUAUGCCAGCAAUCUUCGUGACACAUAUGUGGUCAUCACUCUGCCAUCUCAGCCUAGCUCUCCUGUAGAUAGUGUUACCACUCAUGCUCCCUCUAGCCCUGGUCCAGCAUCUCCUUCAUGGCAAGCUCAGCCUGAGACUUACCACCAUCAGCAGUCUCAACCUCAACCAUAUUCACAGCAGCAGCAGCAACAAACACCUCCUCAAACAACCAGGGUGCCUCUGGCAUAUACACGAGUCACAGAAUCCAUUGAAAGUCAAGAAAUUUGUGGCCCUGAAAAACAUGUAUCUAGUUCUUGUCAUAUAAUUGAGGCUAUAUCAGCCUCAGCACAGCCACCUGUGGUGAUGCCCAACCUCAUCUCUCAAGUGGUUACCACAGAAGUCCAAAGGACCACUGUCUCUGUUGUUCAUGAAAGGACACCACCACCAGUGCCAGCUCCAAGGGCAAAUGGUCUCCCAAUCUCAAUGCAGAAGCCUAUGCCCCAGUUGCCAGCACAGAAUGGACAGGCUAUUCAGCCUUCUGAGGUGGUAGAUCUUAGGACUAUGAAAGUGGAUCCAGAAUCAACCACGCGUGGUGUGGAUCUGUCUGCUGGUCCAGACUCAAGACGUCAGUCCCUUACAACUGAUGUCAGUCGUCACAGCAGUGCAGUGCAGUCCCCUGUGGUCAACCUCAGUGCUGAAUCAUCUACAGUUUCUAUAGUAACUGAUAGCAUCACCAUCGUGACCUGUGCUGCCACAAUCCAGCGACGCGACAACUCGGACACCUCUUUACCCUCUUCAGUACCCCUUCAGCUAACAAAAAACAAAUCAUUUGAACCUGUUUCUCAAAUUAUUUAUCGACCAAUUGACUCUCAGCCAUCUACUCAUGCUACUGCUACUGCUGAGAUCCCUAUUAAUCUCUCAGUUGGAUCUAGUACGAGUGGAGGAACACUCCCCGUAACAAUUGCACCCGCUUCUGUUGCAAGUUGUAUUGCUAAUGGAUUAACUAAUGGCACAACCACAGUGUCAGGAGCUGUUGACCUCAGCACAAAUAAACCAUUCAACACUGUGGUUUCAGUGGAUGCUGCGUCUACCGAAGUGGUUACAGCUGUAAUCACAGACGAUGGCAAACCAGUGGAUCUGACUGCAGGGAAAAGAGCUGUAUGUUGUGAUGUUGUGUACAAGCUUCCAUUUGCAGGAAGUUGUGCUACUCACCAACCUACCACACCCUUGCCUGAAGAUCGCUUUGGAUAUCGUGACGACCACUAUCAGUAUGACAGGUCGCCUUAUGGGAUGAGAGGGUUUGGUGGAAUUAAACCUUCUAUGUCAGAUACUAACCUAGCAGAAGCUGGCCUCUUCAUUUACAAGAGUAAAAACAGCUAUAAUUUCAGUGGCACAACUGAAGGUGCAGUAGAUCUUACCUCAGCAAAGAUUUCUGAUGCAGGUGAAGCUGUUGACUACUCCAAGAAAGGAACUUACGCUGGAAUGACAAUUCCUCCCUAUUCUCAAGAUAGAGUCACAAGUGCUGUUGGCACACUCUUUGGUACAAGCAGUGUUUUGAGAUCAUCAAAUGGAGUGGUUUAUUCCUCUGUCGCAGCCCCAGUCCCAUCUACAUAUGCCAUUACCACCCAGCCAGGGUCCAUAUUUAGUACAGCAUACAACACCCUGUCAGGUAUGCAUACCAGCGACACCAUGCCUUCUCUUUCCAACCUCCAGAACCUACCACUUACUCGAUCCCACAGUUUUCUAUCCACUAUCUCUACUACUGCAGCAGAAGAACAAGCAGAUGCCCCACUCAAUCUAGAGAUAUCUAGAGGAGGUACUACUGCUGGUGAUGCUGCAACUACAGCAGCAACCUCUUUAUCUCUUGACACCUAUACUGAUGCAUCUCUGGAGGCUAUAGCUGCUUCACUGGAAGCGCUUUCUUCACCCAUGGUUCCUGGAGACAGCCAGUAUCAGGCAGAGCGCGAGAGACUAGAAAUGGAAAAACUCAAGCAACAGCGCCUGGCUGAGGAAUUAGAAUGGGAACGGCAGGAAAUUCAGCGGUUCCGAGAACACGAACAACUCAUGGUGCAAAAGGAACUGGAGGAGCUGCAGGCCAUGAAACAGCAGAUACUUGCCCAGCAAGAAGAGGAAAGACAGGCUCACCUUAUAAUGCAGAAAGAAACUUAUGCUCAGCAGCAGCAGCAGCUUGAGCAGAUUCAGAGACUCCAAGAGCAGCUCCGUCUGCAACUGGAAGAGCAAAAGCUUCGUCAGAUGUACCCAGGUGGGGACAUACAAGAGGCAGUUGUCUUAGGACCUGAUGGCACUGUACUGGCCCGAAAGAUCACAGAUAGUGGGUGCCAGACAGAUGAAGAGGAUGAAGCAGUCAGCAAAGCUUACACAGCAGGUAGAAAAAAGAGAACUGCUAAAAAGAGUGUUGACAGUUGUGUACAGACUGAUGAUGAGGAUCAAGAUGAAUGGGAGGCUCAGAACAGAAGCAGACAAAGCCGUCCACGUACUGCCAGAGGUGAUAGGGGUGGGCAGUCUGAGAUGUCUCUUCAAGCCCACACUGAGAUUUCUAUACAAACUGAUACAGAUGGGAACAUUAGAAUGGAUACCAGAAUGGAGCUUUCAGAUUCUGAAAGGACCUCACCAAAGAAACGACCUACCCCCUUAGAAAUAGGACAGUCUGCUAACCUCAAAGCUGAUUCUUCUACACUUCAGGCCCCUCCUAAAUCCCCCAAAGUGCUCUAUUCCCCUGUAUCCCCUUGUAUCUCACCAAGCAAAUCCCUUGAGUUUGUGUCUUAUGAUAAAUCCCUUGGUGAUACUAGCCCACAAAACCUAAGAGGAAGUCCUGAUCCAUCAAAAGCCUCUCCAGCAAGUCCCAGAGGACAGAAAUCCAUGCAGAGAUCUAUGUCUGAUCCUAAGCCCAUGAGUCCAACAGGAGAAGAAAGAGCAACAUCUGGAACCCAGUAUGGUGAAGGCUAUACUGGCAAAGGCUCAGGUGGUACACCAACAGGGACUCAAAAGAAGGUGAAGAGGACUCUCCCAAAUCCUCCAUCAGAGGAUGAGUCAACAACCACUGGACAAACAGCAUAUAGCACUGGCUCAGCUCGUCGAAGAAUGUGCCGUAAUUCCAACAUGGCACGCGCCAAGAUCCUACAAGACAUUGAUCGAGAGCUAGAUCUGGUGGAGCGCGAGUCUUCCAAGCUCCGCAAAAGACAAGCAGAAUUAGAUGAGGAGGAGAAAGAGAUAGAUGCAAAGCUAAGAUACUUGGAGAUGGGCAUUAAUCGUAGAAAAGACGCACUGCUUAAAGAAAGAGAGAAGAGGGAAAGGGCCUACUUACAGAGUGUUGCAGAGGACAGAGACUACAUGUCAGACAGUGAGGUUAGCAACAUCCGAGAGACUAGAGGAGGUGGUGAGGAUGAGGAGAUUGAAGGUCAUGGUCUUGAACGUCCCAGGACAGCUCCUCAGUCAGAAUUGGAUGACUUUGUCCCACCGCAAACCAAGCAUGAGUAUGGAAAAUACUCUCAGUACCAAUACCCUCAAAGUCAAUUUCAGCAGUCUCUCUACCAGACACCUCAGUCCUACCAGUCUCAUUCGAUCUACUCCUCUGUCCCUUCGCUCACUACCUCCCAGCAGCAGAGUUACCACCAAAUGCUUUUGUUGCAGCAGAAAGCUGCGAGACAAGCAGCCCUACUCUCAGAGCUCGAUGCAACGAAAUAUGAUGUCAUUAGCCGUCAGCCUGAUCCCACUUCAUCAGCUUACCUUGGUGUUAAGUAUGACAAAUAUGGGAAUCAUCUUGAUCUCAGAGCCUUAGAAGUGGGAAGUAUAGCAGGUAGCCCAAUGUCAGCUGUCUCUGAUUCCUACUACACAGAUGUAGAUCACCACACACCUCGGAGUUACAUGCUGCUGGAAGAUGCUGCAGAACUAGCUAAAGGCUCCACAGGUCUGUCCUCAUCUUAUAGUCUGGCUGAGAGGGAGCUGGCAAAGGCAGAGAAACUGCUUCGUAGGAGUGCUGCUGAUCUGGGGUCUACUGACUAUUUGGGAUCCACGUCCAGACUUCAUACCUUUGGAAAGACCCCUGACGAAGAGGAUACCAUGGAGGAACCCUAUGAACUGAAACUUUUAAAGCAGCAGCUUAAGCAAGAGUUUAGGAGAAGUACAGGUGGGACCGAAAACUUAGAACAAUUGACAGGUCUCUCGCAGCACUACUAUACACCAAGCUCUAGCAUCUCUGGUUACUCUCAGAGACACUAUCCAAAGUCAGAAAAGUAUAGCAUCAGUCGACUUACUCUUGAGAAGCAGGCAGCUAAACAACUCCCAGCAUCUAUGUUGUACCAAAAACAUAAGACACCACUACUAGAUCCUAAAAUCUCCUCCAAGUAUUCCUCUAUUACAGACAGUAGAGGUUUAGAGACUGACUAUACCAGCUAUUUGGGGUCCACCAGUGCAUCCCCAAGAUCCAGCCGUCUCUUGCAGGAUGAGAUUACCUUUGGUCUUCGGAAGAAUAUUGCAGAGCAGCAAAAGUAUUUAGGAUCCACCCUGGGUGCUAAUUUGGCUGGGUCACUAAACUUGGGUCAGAGCUUGGGUUUGGAUUCUGCCUAUCCUAGUGGUAGUCGUUCAAGACCAUCCUCCAGGCCCACAUCUUGCUAUGGCCUGGACUUGUCUAUCAAAAGAGACCCAUCGAGCUCUUCACUCAGGCUGAAAGGAGAUGGUGAAGCAUCUGGAGACGGCCCAAAUUAUCAAACCCCAUCUGGUCGCACCAAACCUACUAGCCUUCCCAUUGUCCAAAGUGGGCGCGGCAGAAUACCUAUAGUGGCCCAGAAUUCAGAAGAAGAGAGUCCACUGAGCCCUGUUGGGCAGCCUAUGGGUAUGGCCCGUGCAUCAGCGGGACCUCUGCCUCCCAUCUCAGCCGAUUCAAGGGACCAGUUUGGUUCUUGCCUUUCAUUGCAAGACUCCCAGCAGCAGCAACAUAUCAGGGAAGAGCCAACAAGGGGUAGGAGUUAUGUGCUGCUGGAUGAUCUUCAGGGCACCAUGUCAGAUAGUGAAGCCCUAAGUGAUUCCCUGAUGGCUUUGAACAGAGACGAUGCAACCAAUGCCUACCACCUUAGACGGGAAGAGACAGACUGGUUUGACAAACCGAGAGAUGGGCGGUCAGAGAACGGACAGGAGAAGAGACAGGGAAAAGGUCCAUACUACCUCUUCCCUCACCUCAGGGUCAAACUGCAGAGGGAUCCUAAAGACCGCAGUGUCUCAGGAAAUGGUCUGGGUAUCCGAGUGGUCGGAGGAAAAGAGGUCCCUGGUAGUAAUGGAGACAUUGGCGCAUAUGUUGCCAAAGUCUUACCUGGUGGAGCGGCAGAACAAACAGGAAAGAUUCUUGAAGGAAUGCAGGUCCUGGAGUGGAAUGGUGUUCUUUUGAUGGGGAAAACCUAUGAAGAGGUACAAGGGCUCGUUGGACAGCCGUGUAAUGAGGCAGAAGUGUGUGUCAGACUGGAUCUCAACAUGUUGGCAGAGUCUGAGGGUUCCCAGCACCUAGAUUUCCAGGAGCACAGCAAAGGUGACAGACCUCCCAGAUCUCCAGGUGUUGAUCCCAAGCAGCUAGCGGCCGAGCUGCAGAAAGUGUCACAGCAGCAGGCUCCACUGUCCACCUCCUCCUCCAGCCUGCCUGCCACCACUUCAGCAACCUCCAGCCCCGGUCAGCCAGGAUCCCCCUCAGUCAGCAAGAAACGUCACAGCAGCAAGAUUGCAGAGGGAACAAAGAGCCAAUCCCACCUUGUCUCCGGAGAGAUACAGCUUCAAAUCCACUAUGACAAGCAGCUUGGCAACUUGAUAGUUCACGUCCUGCAGGCCAGAAACCUUGCCCCGCGGGAUAACAAUGGCUACUCUGAUCCAUUCGUUAAAGUGUAUCUCCUGCCAGGGAGAGGUCAGGUCAUGGUUGUCCAGAAUGCCAGUGCUGAAAACAAGAGGAAGACCAAACACGCAGGCAAGACUAUCAACCCUGAGUGGAACCAAACUGUCAUCUAUAAGAACAUCCACCUGGAACAGCUUAAGAAGAAGACUUUGGAGGUGAGCGUGUGGGACUAUGACAAGGGCUCCUCUAAUGAUUUCUUGGGGGAGGUCCUUAUUGAUCUGUCCAACACUGCCCAGCUGGACAACAUCCCGCGGUGGCUCCCUCUCAAGGAGCAGAGCGAGGGGGACCACCACAGACGCUCGCACUCAGGCCAGGGUCGUCACAGUUCUUCUAAACCCUCCUCACAGCACUCCUCCCCUAAAACCACUGGCUCCUCGCAUGAUAAUCAGGAUUCCCCCAAAUCAUCUGUCAUCAAGAGUCGAAGCCAUGGGAUCUUUCCAGAUCCGGCCAAGGGCCAAAGAGGCCGCCUCUCACUGAGGCACCAGAGACACAGCGUAGUGGGCGUGCUCACCAUUCAGAGAGCCCAGUCUGACUGGCUGCCUGCCCUGCCAUCGAUUGUGUCGGCCAAAGGGAGCAGAGCAGACGGCAGACACCUGACCCUCAGGAAAGCCGUGUCAGAAGAGAGACCGCAGAGCACCGGAGCUCGGUCAACCUACAAAUCCGGAGAUGCCCCGGUCACAGCAGCCUCGUUAGAUAGUGGCUUGAGUGGCAGCGCCUACAGCCUACUGGAUGAGGAAGCAGAGGCAAACGAGGUGGACAGUGCUAUCUUCCAAGUGCCCCGAUUUGGAAAGAUCCCAAAUGGCACAGAUGUGAUAAAAUCAUCACUGGGACACAGUGACACUGAAGGUAAGACUCAGGUAAUGGGAGAGAUAAAGAUCGCUUUGAAGAAGGAAAUGAAGACCGAAGGUGAACACCUGGUCCUUGAGAUUCUUCAGUGUCGUAACAUCACCUACAAGUUCAAGACUCCAGAUCACCUGCCUGAUCUUUAUGUGAAGCUCUACGUGGUGAAUAUCGCCACCCAGAAAAGGAUCAUCAAGAAGAAGACCAGGGUUUGUCGCCACGACCGUGAGCCGUCCUUUAAUGAGACCUUCCGCUUCUGCAUGAACCCCACCGGACACGCGCUACAGCUAUUCCUGGUGUCCAACGGUGGCAAAUUUGUGAAGAAGACCUUAAUAGGCGAGGCCUACGUGUGGCUGGAUAAAGUUGAUUUACGCAAGCGAGUGGUGAGCUGGCACAAGCUGCUUGCCAGCACCGCCCAGAUCCACUCAUAGGAGGGGACUCAAUCUAAAAGAAAUAAGCUUAAGCGGAAAACAGGUUUCUGACAUCUGGGUUCCACAUCUGGAACGCUGAUCCAGUCUUCUGGAAGGUCUGGGCAUGGGAAGAGGGGGAAUUUUUUUCUUCAACCUUUGUUUCAGGGCUCGCAUAGCUUGCAAUUUGGAAAAAUGCUUUCAGCAAAUGAUGAUUUCUGCUCUGAUUAUGUGAAAAGCUUGGAGGAAACUAUUAUGUGUUUACAGGGAAUAAACACAUGUUUACAGGACAUACAGUGUACAGCAGUGUAGCCAGGACUUAGAAGAAGAACACAGGUGCUGAGUUCAGAGGUCAAGUGCAGAAUCAACCAGGUAUUACACACUUUAUCUCACAUACACACACAUGCUCACCACAUUGCACACAGUCAUUCACACAGAACUUCAAAUCUAAUAGAUACAGGGAAUGGACACACUUAUAGAUUCGAAUUGAUUUAUUUUGAUGUUUUAUCCAUUAAAUGUUCUUUAAACGGGGCGCUCACCCUCGAUUUAUUAUUGUAUUGAUUUACAAAGCGUUUUGGGAAUGAAAUAGUAAAGACUCUGCCAUAGAGACCUCUUAUUUAUUUUUGUAUUAUGAUAUUAGCGUAGAGUUCUAUGAUUUGUCUUCUCCUCAAUUAUUUAAGUACUUUAACAAUCUAUUCUGGGAAGGAAGUAUAUUUUAUAAUACACUACCUAGCAUUCCAGUUCAAUACAAAAAAAAAAAUAUUGCAAGCAUGUUUUUGACUUUAUUAACAAAAACUACUUGUUUCCUACCCUUUUAAUCUGAUUUUUCCCUGAUGUUAUCCAAUGAUGACUAUUGUUUGAUAUAGCAUCAGUAUUAAUAUAUAUCAAAUUGGACAUUAUAUGUUGUGCGCAUGAGUCUAUCUAUUUGGUAUGCAGUGCCACAUGUUCACAAAAAAAAACCAAACACCUCCAAGGUUCACUUUGUAUAUAGUGAAGUGUCAUAGCUGGACAUUAUUCUACAUAUAUAGAUAGAUAUAUAUAGAUAUCUUUAUCACAGACAAUCAAGUCUUGAAGAUUGUGGCAUAGAAGUUUUAUUUAUUCAUGACGCCCCUUAGAAUGUGAGACGUUUACUAUAUGAGAGUUAAGCAUUUCCUCUUUUUCCUUGUAAGAUUGGAGCACAUUAGAAGUCUUACAUCAGUCUUGCUUUCGUUCGUAAGGGCAGUCGACUCGACGACACUCGCUUUUGUGGUAUUUUGCACUUUUUCUGCUUAGAAUGUAAAACUAACAUCAUCAUCCUGCUAAAUUAUUAUUUUUUUUUUCACUUGGAAAGUGAGAAACUAUAGACCAGGAACUACCCAGAGUUACGAUCCUAAGACGCGAUGCUGUAACAGUAGCAUGAUGAUGUUUCGUCCCACCUCCACGCGCACUUCUUUAAAUGCCUAUUAUGCCCAUUAUUUCAUGAGAAAGGUCUUGUUUGCUGUGUACAGGUGUCAAAAGACUGGAAGGCUGGUUCAUUUAACAUUUUCAGUGAAAUAUCCCCGUGAUUUCUAUGCAACAUCUACUAUAUAGCGUAAAUAACUGCACCCUGACUUGCCAGAAACAUGACACUUGGUUUGAGAGGAAGCAUUUCUGUUUAUUUUGCACUGCUGUGUUUUCAUGUCCUCCACGAAAUGGUUACUGCUUUAAUAUGAUUUGUUGUUUUCUUUUCUUUUUUUUUUUAAAUUUACCAUGUGAAUUUUUUUGUAUUGCUAUAUGAAUCUUUAUUUAUUGCCUGUGAGACAAUUUCAUGUUGUAUUAUAUUUGUUUACAGUACAUAUCAGAUGUACAGAGAAAUUUGGUUUUUAUACACUGUGUAGUGCUUGUUUACAAUAUUUAGAGGGGCCUGAAACUCAGAGAACCAACUUUUUUGCCCUUGUGCAUGAACACACGCUCACAUUGAAAACGCCAAUUCCACGUAGCUAUAAAUCAAAGGAAGAAAAUCGAACAUUCCUAGUCAUGAUUCCUAUCUUUGUUUUGCACUCCCCCUUUCGAAUUGUUUCAUUUUCCAGUAAGUGUGUGAAUUACCAAAAAAAAAACAACUAAAGAAAACCUUGUAAUCAGUGGACUUCACACCUGAAACGUGAGGUGCAACGUGCGUUUUUGGUUGCUUUUCUUAACUUUCUAUCCAUGUGCUCGUGUGUGUGCGUUUAGCAUCUUCAUACCAAGUCCAUGCAUGUCAUUAGCUCUAAUGCAGUAUCCCUUCCUUUACAUGUUAUCUGUCUAAAUUAUCUAAAAUUUCUCAUAACACACGAUGAAUUAUACAAACACACACACACCCAGAUGCCAUCUCUAUCUUCAACCUUGUAAAUAAAUAGUUUUUUUAUACUGGGGUUUGGGGAAGCAAUAGUUCUUUUAGCAGUCAAAACUAAACAAAAAACAAACAAAAAAAAAAGUCGCGUGAUCUUAGAAGUAACAGGGAGUCGUUUCUCCUUGGAUCGCUGUACAGUGGAUAGGCCGAGGGAAGAGCUUCUGUCUGUUUAUAGGGACCCAGAUUUACCCGACCCUUUACACCAAACACUAAAAGUUUACCAGAGUCUAACACAGAAGUCUAUCUUAACAACUCAAGUAGUUGCAGGAGAAUUUAAAUGUGCUCACACUGGAUGUUGCAUGUUUCGUUGGUGGUUCAUACUAUUUUUGUGUCCGGAUAUUAUUAAAGAAAAAACAAGAAUGGUGUAGAGAGAGAUAAAGAACAAAUGUUAUAGAGGGGGAAGUUAUGACGAAAACUUAUAAUUGAUGAUGUAUGCUGACUGUACAAAGAGUAUGCUUGUAAAACCUGUCUGGUUUUUCACUUGUAAGUAAACAGAAAAAAAAAAGAAAUCUAAUGUCAUGGUUUUGUGAUUGUAUACAGGAGGUAUUGAUAAAUUAUGCAAAAUGUGCUGUAAAAAUGGCUGUUGCCCCAUGUCUAAAUAUUAAAUAUCAUAUAAAUGAA